GUAUUAUCAACUCAGACACUAUAUAUCAUCAUAAUCUUCUUCUAUAUUUAGUACCAUCUCAAGUUCUUAUCUUCUUAUCUCAAUUCCCUCUGUUUCUCGAGACUCCAUAGCUUGCUUGUUUGAUGAUGGCUUCCAAACUUAUGCAUGUUGUUCAGUACUCUAGUUAUGGAAAAGGUGCUGCUAAUUUGCAGCAUGCUGAAAUUCCUAUUCCAACUCCUAAAAAAGGAGAGGUUUUGGUUAAAGUGGAAGCAGUUGGUAUAAAUCCGAUUGACUACAAGAUACAGGGUGGAUUUUUGCGUCCCUUUGUUCCAAAAAAGUUUCCUCACGUACCAGGUUCUGAUAUAGCAGGUGAAGUCGUGGAGCUUGGAUAUGGAGUCACAAAAUUUAAGAAGGGUGAUAAAAUUGUAGCCAUGCUUGGUUCUGCGACUGGAGGUGGACUAGCUGAGUAUGCAGUGGCUAAAGAAGAGAUGACGGUGAUAAAGCCAUAUGAAGUUUCAGCUGUAGAAUGUGCUGGCCUAGGCACUCCUGCUCUCACCGCUUACCAAUGCCUCAUCACAGCAGGGGUCAGGCUCGACAAAACAGGACCGCCUAUGAAUGUUCUUGUGACAGCAGCUUCAGGCGGCGUUGGACACUAUGCUGUCCAGCUAGCAAAGCUAGGAAACACUUUUGUCACAGCCACUUGUGGUGCUAGGAAUGCUGCUUUUGUGAGGAGUCUAGGGGCUGAUGAAAUCCUCGACUACAAAACUCCAGAAGGACAGGCUUUGAUUAGUCCAUCAGGGCGGAAAUAUGAUGCUGUGAUCCAUUGCUCAACAGGUAUGAGUUGGUCUACUUUUAACAAUGUUUUGAGCUUGAGGGGGAAAGUGGUGGAUAUCACUCCCAGUCCAAGUGCAUUGGCUACUUUUGCUAUGAAGAAACUUUCGUGCUCAAAGAAACAAUUGAUUCCCCUUCUGGUGUCGUCGAAAGCUGAGGAUUUGCAGUUUCUUGUGAAGUUGAUGAAGGAGAAGAAGCUCAGGACCGUGGUCGAUUCAAGGUACCAUCUGAGCAAGGCAGAAGAUGCAUGGGCUAAGUGCAUUGAAGGACAUGCUGUCGGAAAAAUCAUCGUGGUGGCCUAGAUAUAAUUCUCUUUUCGAGUUCAAGACAAAUGUAGGAAAGUUUGAUGUUUUCAAUAAUACUGUGUGCAAUAAGAUCGUGUGCUUGAUAAUCAAAUAAACUGUAUCCGAAUACUUAUUCCUUUCAAUGAUGCUGGUUUGUCUUAUAAUUUUUCAA